GUCCUACAAGCGCUUCUUGCCAACGUGUCCAAUCACAUAGCUUGCUAAGAUACGCAGUUGUUCCUGAUGGCAUGGAAACAAGGGAAGAAAAUCAAGGUCAAUUUUUUUUUUACACGUGACUUGGUAGCUAUUGGUUAUCAAUGUGUCAAGCUUGGAAACACAGCACGAUCACACUUUAAUGCUCAAAACACAUAUGAAUGGAAAUGGACGUGCAAGUCAACGUAUCAACAUGAUACCUGUGCCAUGAAUCCAGCAAAGAUAAUAGUGCUCAGUCAUUCGAAUGAUGGGUCUCAAACUUGUGAUGUAGUGUACUUAUAUGCGCAGUCAGCUUAUAGGUGUUUAGAUGUUAAUGACUAUGGUUAGAUCAUAAAUGGCCGCAAAUAACAAUGUUAGUAAUUGUUACAAAAGCAACAUCCUCUUGAUCAGUGGUGUUUUAAUCUAAACUAUACAAAUUUGACAAUAAUGUUCGGAAUAAAGUUGCUGUCAAAGUAGGGCGAUGGAAGCAGUGAUCAGAAACCGGGUGACUGUACUGGUUGACAGUCAUUCACGCUGUAAUGUUUUGCAUAGCAACAGCCCCCCUCCCCCUCCAAUUUCCAGGGAUCAUGUGCAUUUAUCUUGCUCUCAGUCAAAACGCACAGUAUUUUGUAAAGUGUCAAAAAUGUUAAAACAAAACGUGUCACCACUAAUACAUUCAGGUUAUUCAAUAUCGACGCGCAUCAGCUAUCGCAUAUGUGCUCUUUAUCGCAAUCGUGAGAAAUAAAGUUUCUACAUUUUGCACCAAAGCGGGAUUGAAGGGGUUAAUUUUUGUCCCCCGGACAGAGCAAAGUCUGCACAGCAACAAGCCAGCGCCAUGAUUGCGUUGCACUCUGCGUCUUAGCAUCUGAACACAAUGGAGCUUUUAGAAGAGGACCUCACCUGCCCAAUCUGCUGCUGUCUAUUUGAUGACCCUCGAGUUUUAUCAUGUUCUCACAGUUUCUGUAAGAAGUGUUUAGAGGGGAUUCUGGACGGGAACCGAUCUACCCAAUGGAGACCUCCGUUCAAAUGCCCAUCUUGUCGUAAGGAGACCCAGCACAACGGGAUCAACAGCAUCCAAACCAACUACACUUUACGCGGAAUUGUUGAGAAAUACAACAAAAUCCGGAUUCUGCCAAGGAUGUCAAUUUGCAAGCAACACUGUGGCCAACCGCUCAAUAUAUUUUGUUUAACAGACUUAAAACUCAUUUGUGGAUUUUGUGCAACGACAGGGGACCACAAAGGGCACAAGUUCUGUGCCCUGGAGGAUGCGUACGAGCAAGAGAAGAGAGCGUUCGAUGAGCUUUUGCAGGGAGUAGAAACAUGGCGCAGCGCGGAUACACUAUCCUGCCUGGAGACACUGGAAGCCAGUAAGAAAAAAGCGCUUCAGUUGGUCUCCAGGGACGCAGAUAAAGUAAAGGACUAUUUCGAGAAACUAAUCAGCGCUCUGGACCACAAAAAGAGCGAAAUUCUCUCCGAUUUUGAGACUCUAAAACUGGUUGUGAUGCAAGCAUAUGAUCCGGAGAUAAACAAACUAAGCGCGGCACUGGAUGAGCAAAGGCGCGCACUCAACAUCGCCGAGUCGUUCAGGAAUGUGACGGACCCACUGUGCUUCCUGCAGCAGAUGCAGGAGUUCAGGGAGAAGUUGCGAGUUGUCCGGGAAACACCACUUCCCUCCCGGACUGACAUGGACGUCGGUCCCCUGGUACGAAACUUUGAUGUCAAAAACUGGGACUCGGUGAAGUUUAAAGACGUGGACAAGCUCUCGGUACCCCAUGAGAACGGUUCCUAUCGCUGCAAGACCAAACGUGUGAGAGGCAGAAGUUGGGGGGAACUCGCACUCUAUAUCUGUUUUCUCAUUCUGACACCCUUAGUUUUUUUUCAGGCGGACAACCUCGCUGUCUCACCCCUCUUCUCUUUCCUCAAUUAUGCAUAUGAGGCCACGCCCCUUGUCUUAAUCCCGCUGGCGCAAAAUCUUCUGGUUUAUCUGAUGGAUACCUGUCAGAACUGUUACCUGUACCUGAUACAUACCACUGCCGAUAUAUUGGCCUACUGUAAGUUGCUUUAGUAUGACGAUUUGGUAUUUUCAUGCCUUUUGCUAUAGCCUUUAACUGAAGCAUUCUCAAGCUGAUUCCAUAUAGGAUACGUCUACAUUUAGCAGCUUAUGAGCUUUAGGGUAUUAUUUAGGUAUAAAUAUAAGGAUUACGAGUAACGUUUUGCAAUAAUCAGGGUUAAUCGGAUGAUAGGUGUUAAUGACAGGUCUUAAAUCAAAACAGCACACAUGUUCUGCAAUUGUAUGUUAAGUGGAAUAGCUUGUUUGCUAAAUGUCUGUUUCCCCCCCUUCUUUUAUAAGCCAUAUCAUCACACUACAACUACACCUCGUUUUAGCAACCGCCAAAUGAUUCAUGAAUGACCAAAUCAGAGGCAUGCAGGUUGCCUGCACGCACACAUCCCAAGCUUGAUUGCAUUGAAACAUUGAUUGCAACCUCUUUUCGUCUCAUUUAAUUCUCCCUUUUUUCGUUUUCAAUUUGAUUUUGGAACGUGAAAUAUGAUGCCUUGUCACCCUCGAGCCUCGUCGUCUACCUUGCCUAAUAAAACCUCCGUUGUGUCUUUA